AAUUAUCGUCACUUCCUACCAUACUUCCUUUUUCGAGCUCCGUGUGGCAGGGGAAGACUAGCUAAAAUGAGCAAGGUCUCAAGAGAUACGUUGUACGAGGCUGUUCGUGAGGUCCAGGCUGGCUCCAUUGCCAAGAGGAGAAAGUUCCUGGAAACUGUGGAGCUGCAGAUCAGCUUGAAGAACUAUGAUCCCCAGAAGGACAAGCGUUUCUCAGGCACUGUCAGGCUGAAGACCACUCCACGUCCCAAGUUCUCAGUGUGCGUUCUUGGUGACCAGCAGCAUUGUGAUGAAGCCAAGGCUGCCGAGAUCCCACACAUGGACAUUGAGGCACUCAAAAAGCUCAACAAGAACAAGAAGUUGGUCAAGAAACUGGCAAAGAAAUACGAUGCCUUCCUGGCUUCCGAGUCCCUGAUUAAGCAGAUCCCUCGUAUCCUGGGCCCUGGCCUGAACAAAGCCGGAAAGUUCCCCUCUCUGCUCACCCACAACGAGAACCUGAAUACCAAGGUGGAUGAGGUCAAAUCCACAAUCAAAUUCCAGAUGAAAAAGGUGCUGUGUCUGGCUGUGGCAGUGGGCCAUGUUAGGAUGACUGAGGAUGAGCUGGUCUACAACAUUCAUCUCUCUGUUAACUUCCUGGUGUCUCUCCUGAAGAAGAACUGGCAGAAUGUCAGAGCCCUCUACAUUAAGAGCACCAUGGGAAAGCCUCAGCGUCUCUAUUAGGGAUUCUGUCCUGUACCUUUCUAUAAUAAAUGUGGAGUAAUCCAA